UCAAACACUCAUCUAAUCUCUCCUUCCUUCCUUCCUUUUAUCGAAUAACAUAAACAUUGAACAUUAUUUUUUUUUGCUCUCAUUUUUGUGUAUCCGAGCUUAUUCGAGCCACCGCCGGGUAGGCAGGAGAGAAAAAUCGAUAAGACUUGUUCCAGUGCCAAAAAGACUUCAGUUCCGUUCCGGGAACGACCCAGUGACUUGUGAUACUCAGCAUGGUUCCUAGAUGGCUCUUCGCUAUUCUGUUCCACUUUUGCUUUCUCAAACCCGUGCUGUCCGUGGACGGUCACCGAUCAGUGUGUACCUGGCGUGACUUCUUCCUAACCUACCACAGAUGCUACCACCAAUCGGAACAACUCGCUCCAAUCCUCGAGCCGACCAUCUUCAUCCUGUACGACGUGAAUCCAUCCGAAGGGUUCAACCUCCGGCGAGACGUGUACAUCCGGCUGGCGGUGUUUUUGCGCGGUCUGCAAACGCGUCCCGGUUACGAAAGCAGCAAAUUAGUUCUGCCUCCGUGGUCGGAGCUGUUCCAUUGGCGUUCCGGCUAUCUCAAUCAAAUGCACCUGCCGUGGGGACACUUUUUCGAUCUGCAAUCGAUGCGAAGCUACGCGGAUGUUCUGGAAGCAUGGGAGUUCUUUGACGAGUACAGAAAGCUGACCAAGCCGGACAGCCGGAGCAGUGUGGUAGUAGGCGAGUUCUACAAAUUAAGCCAUUUUGACGAUAUGUUUGAGAAUGGAGUUUUUGUGGAUAAAUUCGAACAGACGGUGUGCAAGAAGGAAACGGAUCCAACGAUGACUGGCGUUUCCGGUGUGAUGGGUUUCAGAAACGUCACCAUAGAUGAGAGGAUAUGUGUGAAAUUCCAGGGAUCAGCAUCGUUGCUUCAUUCCAUGUUUGAGAAAUUCAAGCCAAAGAAACGCUACAGCCAUAGGGUAAUUUUCCUGGCAAGAGCGGAAACGGUUCUGCAUGACUAUUGGGGUAAUGUGGACUACUGGGAAGCUAGACGAUCGAUGCGAUUCAACCGGGAUCUAGUCAGGAUAGCGAACAGGUUUCGUUUGGAUUAUUUCAAUUCAACUAACGAAUGGGACCGAGUUCAACGGCCGGCAAGUUGGACCGAGGAGAAACCGUACCGGAAGACGAAGGGCGGGGACUAUCUGUGUGCCCAUAUGCGGCGAGCUGAUUUCCUGUACGGUAGGGAGAAGACCACUCCGACGCUGCAUUCGGCCGCUGUGCAGAUCAAACGAAAGCUGCUGGAGCUGGGUCUGCGCAAGGUGUUUGUGUCGUCCGAUUGUUCCAAGUCGGAGUUUCACGAUCUGAAGAACUACCUGAAACGGUUCAAGGUGGUCCGGUAUAGUCCGGAGAGUCGGGACGAGCUGACCCGGCUGAAGGAUGGAGGAGUGGCCGUAAUCGAUCAGAUUGUUUGCUCCCAUGCACGGUAUUUUAUCGGGACAUAUGAAUCGACAUUCACUUACAGAAUCUAUGAGGAACGGGAAAUUUUAGGUUUUGCCAAGGACUUGACCUUCAAUACAUUCUGCAAGGAUGAGGAAGCUUCCAACUGCGAAAAGAAUGCCAUUUGGCCGAUUCAAUAUGCGUGAUAUUGAGCGGGCAGUUUCCGGUUCGCUGAAGUGGAGUGAGAUUCUAAUGUGUAAUAUAACUACAAAUGUGAUGCCAUAUAAAUAUGUAUGCUAGGUAUUAUUCGUAGGCUCUUCGGGAAGCCAAUUGAACAAUCAAACAAAACCUCAACUGUCCUCUUUUAGACUGUCAACUGACUACGAGUUAUGUGUAAUAUUUAGUCGUGCUUA